GAAGCCUCGGUUGGUGCUGCUGGAGAAAGCUCUGCGUCUGGCUCAACGACAUGCCCGUCACAGCAACAAGCCCCGCCUCCUGUGUUUCUUGCUGGGGUCGGUGUGUGUCGAUGCAGAUGAGGGGGGGGUCACCGUGACCCUGGACCGGUUUGAUCCGGGUCGGGACCAGACCGGGUCCUCCAUCGUCCCCUCUCCUCUGCUGCCCGGAGACGUCCUGGUUCCAUGUUGGUUCUCCACGCAGAACGAGACCGUCGUCCAAUCAGAGGCGGAGCUUCACCGCUGCUUCAAGGUCUGUCUCUCUGUAUGUAUGCCUCUCUGUCUGUCUGUCUCGCUCUCUGUCUCUCUCUCUGCCUGUUUUUGUGUUUGUGUCUGUAGGUUUCUGACCAUGGAUCAGACCAGGAAGCUGCUCCUGCUGCUGGAGUCCGACCCUAAAGCCUCCAACCUGCCGCUGGUCGGACUCUGGCUGAGUGGAGUCAGACACAUCUCCAACCCUCAGGUGUGGGCCUGGUGUGUGAGGUUCCUGUAUAGCUCCGCCCUCCAGGACAGAGUUCUGUCAGAGAGCCGCUGUUUCCUCCUCGUCCUGUUCGCCUCCACCCACAGAGCUCCUCAGUUCUUCCAGUGUCGAGGACCAGGACCUGGACCGGGACCAGCGCCACAGCUAGACUACCAGCUACUGACCGCCUCCCAGUGUGUCACACUGUACCAGCAGGUGGUCUCGGUGGAGGGUCGGACUCUGCGGUGUGAGCUGGGUUCAGAGGAUCACAGCAGACAGACGGAGGUCUUCAGAGAGGCCCAGACCUCCUUCAACAGAGCUGCCCCCCCCACUGCCCGUCUGUCUGCCAGCGAUCAGGACUCUGGGGUCGAGGACGAAGACUUGUCUCCACGUCCGACUCCGAGCCCGCACCCCCCUGCUCAGCAGGCUCGGAGAGUUCAGCCGUCUGUUCCUGAACUUUCUCUGCUGAUUGACAGCAGCUUCAUUUCCAAUCAGAAUGCUCGGCAGGGUCCUGGCUCCGCCCACAGAGACCCUGCUGUUCCUCCCACCAGAAACACCACCACCUCCUCCUCUGCUCCCAGACCUGCUGCUCCUCCUCACCUCCACAGCACCCCAAACUCCAACCUGCAGGAGCCCUGUUCCUGCUGCUCCACCCACACCUAUGACUGCACCUCCAUCUUCUCCUCCUCAGGACUUCACCCUCUUCCUCCAAGUCUUCACCCUGCUCCUCCAACUACUCCCUCUGUUCCUCCUUCCUCCAUUCUUGCUACUCCUCUGUCCUCCCGUCACCAUACUCCAUCUCCCUUCUGCACCCACCCUCCUCACAGCUCUCGUCCUCCUCCCUCCCACCUCCUCCCACCUCCUCCCUGUACCUGUAGCCACCCUCCUCCUGCCCCAUGCUGUGAUCAGGUGGGGGGGGUCGUCCCGUCUGAGACCUACCAGCUCCUCCUCCAUCAGGACCGACAGCUUCGCCUCCUGCAGGCGCAGGUGCAGAUGCUGCUGGAGGCUCAGGGGAGACUUCAGUCCUCAGGUGGGCAGGUGGAGGCUCAGACACCCAGGAGCACCGCCAGCAUCGCUGUAGGGACAGGAGCCAGUCUGUUCUGGGGGAAUCCCGUCCAGUCGUCCCUCCCUCAUCAGAAGGUACAGGCUCCUCCCACCUCCUCCUCCUCACACGCCGACCUGUCCGUCAUCGGGUCUGUGGGUGGAGAUGAGGACAGUGAGGCUGCCUGCUCCUCCUCCAGUCGGCACAGGUGCAGUGUCAGCGGUCUGGAGAGUCCAGUUCUGGGAGAGAGUGUCAGCAUGUACCGACCAGACGGAGAGCAGCUGAGCUUCUAUCGCACCCUGAAGGUAAAAACAACGUCACACAAUGCUAACAGGUCACAUGAUGCUAACUAGGUAUUUAUUAUGUGUCUGGUCACAUGAUGCUAACUGUAGGUAUUUGUUAUGUGUCUGGUCACAUGAUGCUAACUGUAGAUAUUUAUUAUGUGUCUGGUCACAUGAUG